AUGAUGAAGUAGAAGACUUUGAUAAUUAUCCAUUUAAUGCUGAAUAUAACUUUCCUUUCUUUUGGUCAAAAAGAUGGUGUUAGUUAAUGUAACUAGGCAUGCUAAGAUUGCUCUAGCGAUAAAAACUUUGAGUGCCUUGGAUGUAAAUACCCAUUUUAUUUUGAUCAGAAUAGCUAUAAUUGUGUCUAAUCUUGUCCUAGUGGAACAUACGAAAACUUUAACAUGGAAUGCAUUUCUUGUGCUUCUAAAUUUUGCUUAAGCUGCUCAUCUACUGAAUGCUAUUAAUGCUAACCUGGAUACUCUUUGGACCCAUAGAAUAAAUAAGGAUGCAUUGCGAAUUGUGAAGAUAGCUAAUAUUUACUUGAUGGAGAGUGCGUAUAUGAAUGCAGCAUUUAAUCUAAUAGUUAUUCCUUAGAUCCGUCUUCUAACACAUGCAUUUAACUAUAAAUCUGCCCAUUCUUAUCUUAUAUACCUGAAUCGUAAGCAGUUGGUUAAAUAUAGUUCUAUAGUACAUCCAUCAGUGAAGAUAAUAGCACUAUGCUUUAGAUUGAUGAAUAUGGUAAAGUUAUUGUGAAAUCAAUUCCUUAGCUUGUAACUUUAGCUUAUUAUAAUUUUCCAUAAUUAACAUCUAUCGCAAAUUGUGUGCAGCUAGUAGAAUAAUCAACUCAAAAUAAAAUAUUAUCUUGUAUGAAUAUGGAUACCUAAGUCUUCAAUUUUUAUAUCUCUAGUGGUUUACUUUUAUCAUAAAAUAUUACAUUUAAUUAAUAAAUAAAUAAUGUGUAUUACUUAGAUGGAAUGAAAAUGACUUUUUUGACAUAAACAGGUUUUAUAGUCUAAUAUAACUUCAAAUCUGAUUAAUUUUCUAUUGUUGAUAAUUCAUCAGAUAUGUUAAAUUAAAUACUGAGCGUUUAAAAUUAUUAGUAAAAAAAUGAUCAAUUUAUCCUUGCUAUCAACAAAACAAAUACAAUUUUUUAUUAUGAUUAAUCAUUUAACAAGAAUAUACUUUUAUAGUAUUCAUCGUAGAACACACUUUAAAUUGAAAAUUUAGAUACGCAAAAUAUGUGGGUGUUCUACUAAAAUAAUAAAAUAGAUUUUUACUUAAUAAUAUUUGGUCAAGCUCCUAUACUAAUCAAAUCUAUCACUCCACAGACUAUUCUAUAUUCAAUAAUGAGAUCUAAUAAAACUUUGACUCUAAUUGGUGGUCAAAAUUAAACAGCCACUUAAGUAUUCUAAAUUAGCUUAAAUAAAUAAGUUACAGAAAUUACAAGAACUUUACCACCUACUUUCUUUGAUUCUGACUGCUUUUGGAAGACUAAAGAUAUCUAUUUCUCUCAGAAGCAAGAUCUGCUUUACAUUUUCAACCUUAACUCAAAUAGUUUUACUCUUUCUUAUACUGUUAAAUUAUCUUAACCUUUAGUUUGCUCACUAACUUCUUUAGAAAUUUUUCAAAAUAAUGAUAAAAUAUAUUUGUUAACUAAAAUAAUAUAAGAUAUGUAAAUUUAAGAGCUCACUUAAAGCGAAUUAACUUCUGUAAAUUCUAGUUAAAUGUAUUUCUCAUCUGAAUAACAUUCUUAAUCUUAUGCUUAAUUCUAAUUUUAUUUGCCAACAGUUAAUUUUUUAAAUACUGCUACAAAUAAUUAAAUAUUAGAACUAAAAGGCCAUGGUAUUGCUUACUAAUAUGAUUUAGAAUCAAGAUAGAUUGCUAAAUAAUUUUAUUUUUGGGAUGAUUUUUAUUAUCCUGACAAAAAAGAUGUUCAAGGUUUUAUGUUAUACAAUUUUAUAGCUAUAUAAGAAGAAGAAAAAUUAAUACUUACUGGAAUAAGAAAUGGUGUAUUGACAGUUAGAGAAUUGAAUUUAUAUACUUUUGAAAUACUUUUAGAAAACUAGUUUAGUGAUAUAGAUAUUACACCUACCCAAAUAUCUUACUUUAAUUAACCUUUCUAUAUUCAGAGUACAAAAACUUUAAUAGUUUAUAUUAAUAAUUUAGAAAUCAGUGACAUUUAUGCAGAAUUAAGACAACUUCAUAUUUUUCAAUUUAGCUAAAUAAACAACUAAUACAACUACAAAUUCUCAAUAAGAUAGAUAGUAAAAGAUGUUUAAGUUUCACAGAAAACAGGUGAUAUUAUUUGUUUCUUACGUUUGGAAGAUUUUUUCCUCAAAUAAAUAUUGAUCUACAAUGUUUACAAAGAUAUCUUUAGCUUAAAACCUUAUAAUACCGUUUAAAUUGUCUCUACCUAAAAUAAUAAGGUCCUAUAAGAAGUACCUACUGGUGAAUACAUAGCAUAUUUCAUUAGUUAUAGUAACAAAGUAUUUAUUCUCAGCUAAACUUACUUUUUAGUAUACUAUGAUGGAGAUACUAAUUAGCUCAUACUAUACCAAAACGGGUACUAUGGGUAGAACAUGUAGACUAUUUUACAUAAAUAAAAUUAGAUAAUAUUUAUAAAUACCUAGGUCUCUCUUAUAAUUAGUUUAGAUGAUCCAAAUAUUUAAUUGUAGUAGGUAUCAUAAAGUUAUAAUUAUAAUACAUAUCAAUUUAACGAUAUUUAAAUUCCUCUAUCUGCUAAUAAUAACUGGUUAUAGUAAAUGGCAGACGUAGAAUAAAUAUUUUGUUAUGAAUAUUAAAAUAAUGAUUUUUAAAAUACAUAACCACCAUACUAAUAUGUUGUUAAUAUUUAUGAGUUAGAUAUAUAGUUAAAUAUAUAUACAAAUUAAAUAAGUGUGAUAAAAUACCAAAAGAUAAUAGCAUAAAUUGCUAUUGAUUUCAUACAACUUGUUAAUCUAACUCCAUAAAAUUACAGGUACUAUCAUAUGUACGAUAACAAAGGAUUUUAUUAUCCAUAUUAAAAUUAUAUGGUAAUAGUUGUUGGAUAUCAUCUUGUUUUAAUUAGUUCAUCUAAUUUUGAAAUUCUUUUUCAUUACGUGUCUUAAUAAUUAUUUAUGAAUCUUGCAUACGAUAUAGAAUUAGGAUACAUGGCUUUUCUAGAUACCUUGUAAGAUUGCAUAUUCAACUUAAAGGAUAUUUCUAUAAAUUGCAUCACUAACAACUAUCCGUUUACAUAACAUUUGUUUUAUGGGACUAUUAUUUAAAGACAAAAAUAGUUGAUCAUCUUUUAUAGUUAAUAUAGUUUAAGAGUGUAUUCUUUAAAAGAAUAAAUUUAUAAGUUUGUUAAAUAUUCAGCAAACUUUUUACCUUAUUCUAUAUAUUAUAAUGACUUUGGUAGCAACAUAAUUAUUGGAGAUUAUCAAAGUUAAAGCUUUAAAAUAUUUAAUUUAGAUACAUAUAAGUUGUUGGAUACAUCUUUCCCACCAUUUAGUACUUAAACUUAUGAAAAUCUGUUUAAGGUAAAAUAAAUAAAUUUCAAAUUGUACAAACAGUUUUAUAUUAUUUUUUAACUAAAAGUUUUAUUUUUUCUCUGA